AAAACAACCAACAGUCCAGCUGUCCAAGACUCUCACCUUCGUCGCCAUCACAUCUGCACCGGAAUUAAUCUGCAAAAAUUGACCUGCACUCAAGCUACACUUUACCUGCCUCACCAUCCUCGAGCAAUCGCCGCACCAUCCUCACAAUGAAGAACAACUCUUACCUGAAUCAGUGCCUGGAGCAGGCCGCGCACUCGCCCCUGCGCCAGCGCCACGGCUGCGUCGUCGUCAAGGGCGGCAAGAUCAUCGGCCGAGGCUUCAACGACUAUCGCCCGGGCUAUGACGGGCGUGCGCUCAACACUAGCCCCAAUGUUGCCAGGAAGCCCAAUGCCAAGACAUCUGACCCCUGCGGCUCAGAUUGUCCUGGAAUUUCUGACGGUGGCAUCCAGCAGGCCAGCACCUGCCUCAGCAUGCAUGCCGAGAUGAUGGCAAUCGACGCCGCCCUCGCAUCGAGCAGUGCCGGUGCCGCCAGGUCAACAUCGCGCAUUAAACAGGGCCUCAAAUUAUCGGGUCGCCACACCAAACCCCAGGGAUUGCCCCGCAGUGUCCAGGCCUACGUCGAGCGCGUGUGCCUCGAGGCGCUCGAGUCGGGCGUUCAACCGGACUCCGGCGCGCCUCAGGCCGACGGGUGGCGUUUUGAAGCCGCUCCACCUCGAUGUGACGCUGGGGUCUCCGACACCGAGUCCGAAUCAGAACCGGAAUCAGAACAAGAGCAAGAGAACCAAGACCAAGGGCUCUAACACGCCCCCGGAGUCUACGAAUGCAUUCUUGUCGAAUUUGCCAUCUUCAGGCCCAAAGACAACACCCAUUUCUCCCACGAGAACAACAAAUGCCACGAUUUCCGC